AUGAUGGAUUUUUAUUUUAUUUCGAUCGUUUUCCUUUUCACGCUUCACUUUCUUUCUUUCUUUCUUUCUUUCUUUCUUUCUUUCUUUCUCAGUGCCUGCUUUUCUCUCUUUCUCCAAUGUUUAGGCCCUCUUUUCCUACAGUCUUUCUUUCUUUCUUUCUUUCUUUCUUUCUUUCUUUCUUUCUUUCUUUCUUUCUUUCUCCAGUGCCUGCUUUUCUCUCUUUCUCCAAUGUUUAGGCCCUCUUUUCCUACAGUCUGUUCUCCUUUCUUUCUUUCUUUCUUUCUUUCUUUCUUUCUUUCUUUCUUUCUUUCUUUCUUUCUCCAGUGCCUGCUUUUCUCUCUUUCUCCAAUGUUUAGGCCCUCUUUUCCUACAGUCUUUCUUUCUUUCUUUCUUUCUUUCUUUCUUUCUUUCUUUCUUUCUUUCUUUCUUUCUUUCUUUCUUUCUCAGUGCCUGCUUUUUUCUCUCUUUCUCCAAUGUUUAGGCCCUCUUUUCCUACAGUCUUUCUUUUUCUUUCUUUUUUUUCUUUCUUUCUCCAGUGCCUGCUUUUCUCUCUUUCUCCAAUGUUUAGGCCCUCUUUUCCUACAGUCUUUCUUUCUUUCUUUCUUUCUUUCUUUCUUUCUUUCUUUCUUUCUUUCUUUCUCCAGUGCCUGCUUUUCUCUCUUUCUCCAAUGUUUAGGCCCUCUUUUCCUACAGUCUUUCUUUCUUUCUUUCUUUCUUUCUUUCUUUUCUUUCUUUCUUUCUUUCUUUUCUUUCUCCAGUGCCUGCUUUUCUCUCUUUCUCCAAUGUUUAGGCCCUCUUUUCCUACAGUCUGUACUUCUUUCUUUCUUUCUUUCUUUCUUUCUUUCUUUCUUUCUUUCUUUCUUUCUUUCUUUCUCCAGUGCCUGCUUUUCUCUCUUUCUCCAAUGUUUAGUCCCUCUUUCCCUACAGUCUGUACUUCUUUCUUUCUUUCUUUCUUUCUUUCUUUCUUUCUUUCUUUCUUUCUUUCUUUCUUUAGCAGCAUAUCAACACCUUUAUGGGUUAUUUAAUGCCGAAAUCUAA